AUGUAUGGAAGCAGCCAGACAAAAUCAUGGCUGCCAUAUGAGUGGCUUAACUGUGAUGACAAACUGGAUUAUGAUGGCUUGUCGCUGAAUCGUUGUUGGUUCUCAAAACUAAAAAACAAGUUUGUCUUGUUGCUGGAGGAGUAUGAGGACUGCCAGCAGGUGUUCCGGGAGCAGGGAAUGAGAACAUUUGACUGUUGGCUGGAGUAUUACAACAAUCUGGAUGUCAGCCCCUUCCUGGAAGCACAUUUUCGAAGACGCAGUGUCACUCCUGGGUGUGUCCUUGCAGUAUCGUCUUCGAGGGAUGCUUCAAGGUAGGAGCCUGUCAGAGCUGUAUGCCCCCGAAAAAGAGGCGUAUGAAAUGCUAAAAGGGGCUGUGGUGGGAGGUCCAAGUCUUGUUUUUACCAGAGAGCACGAGGUGGGGAAAACAACCACCGCCCCUCCUCACAAAAGUAUGACAACAAGUGUCCGGGUCAAAAGAUUGUUGGUCAUGACGUUACCGCGUUGUACCAGAGUACUAUUCUGGAAAAAAUGCCUUGUAGGCCAGGAAAGGUGACUCACUACGAAAAUUCAGCCAAAGCUGGAUGGGUUCAAAAGCAGGCUAUACCGACAAGUGUGGUUUGGUUCUGCAGAGGUUAACAUCCAUGUCCCCAGAGAGUUGUGGACAAAAUUCGAAGAAUUCCCACCAUUGUUUUACAACAGCUAUAUCCCAUCCAAAGCGAUUGCGGCGCACAUGAAAGAGUAUUUGCAAUGAACCAAGAGAGCUGGGAUACAAACUGAAAAGCUUUGUGAAAGGCUGACAGGGAAAAAGAUCUUGCUUUACGCCCCGCUAUUGGAAUGGUACCUUGAGCAUGGUCUCGAGAUCACGGAUUGAACCACUGACCACCGACCCCCAAAAAUAUUAACAUGGUUCAUAAACGAGGUGACAGAAAAUAGGCGCAGAGGAGGUGAAGACCCAGACAUAGCCUUCCUGGCAGAUGUGUUAAAGUUGUUAGGAAACAGUGCCUACGGGAAGCUAAUCAAGGCGAAAGAAAGACAGACAAGGGUGAUAUACACAAAGGACCAGCACGUGGUCAAAAAUAUUAACAUGGUUCGUAAACGAGGUGACAGAAAAUAGGCGCAGAGGAGAUGAAGACCCAGACAAAAGCCUUCCUGGCAGAUGUGUUAAAGUUGUUAGGAAACAGUGCCUACGGAAAGCUAAUCAAGGCGAAAGAAAGACAGACAAGGGUGAUAUACACAAAGCACCAGCACGUGGUCAACCAAGCAAAAUGGUCAGCAUGGUUCGAUGACCUGGAGGAGAUUGGUGACGUGUUCAAGAUAGUUUUGAAAGGAGAAAGUGACGAUCAACAGGCUGUGUAUCGACUGGCCAACUGGCCAAGCUGCGAAUGUUGCAGUUUUAUUAUGAUUGUUUGGACCAUUUUAUCGACAGGAGGGAUUUCAAGCUCAUCCAGAUGGACACCGACAGUACGUAUCUCAUGCAAAACGCUCGAAGAAGCCGUCUUCCCAGAGGUUCUUGA